UCAUUAAAUACACUGUGUUUAAAAUCAACAUUUCCAGCUGACGACAGAAACGUUUGAAAUGUGACAAUAAGGUUUCGAAAGAUUGAGAAAACUUGUUUGGAAACUACUGUGUGUCGAAUGGGUAAAGCUAAUGUGUCGAAUGGGUAAAGCUAAUGUGAGCGCGGAAGGCAGAAGUGUGUGACAGGUUAAAGGACGAACUCGGCGUAACGACUACCAGUCGGAGAAUCAGACAUUUAAAUCAAUACAGGGGUAGAGCCAGCAGAUACUUUGUUGUCGGUUGUUGCUACGAUCGUCUACUGCAAUGUGUUCGUAUUGGAGCGACCUUGUGUGUCUCUGGUGGACCUCUGCUAACACACAGGAGAAUGCAGCGUACGCCAUACUGUGCCAGGGUUGCCUCAGUGUUUAACAAGACGUGAACUCCAAGUGAUCUAGACAACAUGGCACGUUCAGGACACGCAAGGUGAAAAAAACUCAAAUAUUGUCCAAACCUGGACAGGUGUAUCAGUGGUCAUCGUGAUAUCUACCACGUCGUGAACUGUCAUCCGACAAGAAUGUGCUGGGGACGAGAUACUAGUAUUCUAAGGGAUUUAAUUCUUUUCGUAUCGUCAAAUUAGCCACACGGGAUUAUACACCUUUAUCAAAACAGCGGAUUAUAUAUAGCCCGUAAUACAUAAAGUAAGUGCUUAUAUUACAGUCUCGAACGUAACUAUGAUCACUUAUAAACUACUUCUCAAUAGAAAAGCUAAUUGGACUAUGAUAUCUCCGUUCAAUCCUCAAGGUAUUAAGGAGAAUCAACUGAAGAGACAAUUUAAUUUGAUUUUCAAUAAAUCGUGAAUCCCUAUAAGUGCGCGGAUAUACUAUCACUUACAUACGUGAAGGUUCUGAUGAGAACACCAUGGCCAUGUCUAUGAUGGCGACCGGGUCCCGUCCUGGCCUCGGUAGAAUAGACUCUAAACGACAAGAGAUGUUCAUGAAACCCCAAAAGGGAGUCCAGGGGGAAUCGCAAAAAGACCCACUGCCGAUUGUCGAACUGAAACCCUUUGUGAAUAAGGUAUGGCGACGCGAGAAUAGUCUGCCCAUAUUUUAUGAGCGAUAUGAGCAGCAGAUGGCGCUCCGACAAGGGAGGGUACGAGACCCCUCUCCGACCCCUCCCUCGCCAUCUCCUGACAAACUUGAAAUGUUCCUUGGGGACAUUAAAGAAAAUAGAAGGCGACAGGAAGGUCCACAAUCACCAAAAUCAAAAACGAAGUUACACCCGUGUGCCGACACCAAUGCGCCCAAAAAGGUGGUGGAACACACACAGAGUUUCGUGCCUGGGUUUAUAACACGGGGAGAACGCGCUAAAUCUACAAUGAUGGAAAUUCAGUGCGAGGACGUACCAACAAAAUUCAAAACGGGACUUCAGCAAUCACAGGAACGUCAGGUUGUAGACUGGCCAUCUAUGGUCAACCUAAACGGCGAUAGGUUUUUACAGGGCAGUAGUCGCAGGUCUCUUCAAUACCUCAACCCAUUCAAAAACAUGUACCACAAGGGGCAUGCGUGGAGUCCGUACUCCGACGGAGGGGCAAAUCAGUAUUUACCGGAACAUUUCGCUUUUGUAGAUAAAGAACCAGACCCUAGACCGCCGACACCAUUCUAUGACACUUUCGACAGGAAGGGCACACUACCCUCUAUACAUAUAGGCGGUAAGGCACUGAGAAAGAAGGUGGUUACUAGGUUAGGUUAUGAUGAAAUGAGUUUUGCAGACCCAGGAGGGUCUUCCACGCAUAAGAUAGGGGGUAUAUCGAACUCACUUCAUCUCCUCAGCAAGGUGGGCAAUCCUACUAAGGUAGAGCGCCAACUAAAGACUCAACUAGAGAUUGAUCUGAAAAAAUAUAGGAAGUCAAGGAAUGCAUAUUUCCCGUUCGAAAUGUCACCUUAUGAGUUAGCAAAAUACUACCCACCAUCUUCAGGGAGUUUAACACAAGGUGAAAUUCAACUUAGAAAAGGUUUAGAAUCAAACGCGUCUAACCGGAAGAGACGACUACGUGAGAAAUCUUUGAAAUCUGUGAAGUCCGCCCCGGACAAAUUAGAACACGUUGGCAACUCUGAUAUUCAGAGUCCACGAGACGGUAAAAAUGGAGAUGAGUUUGAUGAGGAGGCUGAACUACGAAACAUAGCCGGUAUUCCGGACGGCUCGGAGCCUGACCGCGAGGAGCGGAUCAGGGCAUACCAGACCAUGCUGGACAAUCAACGUGACCCAACGCAAAAUACGCAAGAGGAAGGAGAACCAGAACAACGCAUUCGGUCGGGAGGGCAACAUAACAUACGGACGCACAUCUCUAGCGCCACUCCCCCGAGCAGGCAAGCGACGGAGAUCGUGGCGUCCAUUCCUAUAGGGAUGACCAUUGAGGAAUCUCCAGGCAGCUCCGAGAUCAUCCAGGUGGUGCAUGAUGUUCCAGAAAACUCCAUGGAAGAUAACGAGGAGAGUAAUAGGGACGUAGAAGACAACGACGAGGAUGACGAUGAUGAUGAAGAGGGGGCGGAGUACAUGGACCCCGAUGAUCCCUCACGGACUUUCCUGACCUCGGGUCACGCCAAGGUGCGUCCUACUCAAGUACUCUCCGUGGAUGUUUAAUACACCUUAGCGAAACACCCCUUAAACACAUGUCUUUCAUAAUUUGCCUAUUGAAAUCAAAAGUGCUGGCAUACAAACGUGCAUGGAAGUUAACCGUGUGCUACAGUGUCGAGAAUAUCCCUCCUCAAGGGUGUUGCCAUUUGUCAAGUCAAAACAAAGGUGCGUAACGUCUUUCUGAUAACCGGCAUUAUGUGUUUUUAAAUAAGUGUUAGACUAGCUGAUCUGACGGAUCAACGAGCACGGUCUGUGAUGUAAUCUCUGCAUGCCAAAUAAUAGUGUACAACCUGUACCUGUACUUAGUGGCAAAGGCCAAUCUGGUGUCUUUGUUUAUGUUUAUGUUGAUUCACUGGAGUAUCCCCGUUUUAACUGUGUGAGAAAGAGCUUAGGUUGUACUUUAUGUAUUAAAUUAUUAAUCUGUUUCGAAUGGCAAUAUUGACACUUGGUUUCUUACAACUCUGUGCGUGUGGGAAUUUACUGUAACAAUCAAACAAACAGGGACAAGGCGACAGUUUGAUCCCACUCCUCUACCCGGCGGUACACCAGCUCAAGUCGUGCCAGCUAUGCCACAGUAAUCCCCUUUCUUAUCAGGCUAAAUCUCACCCUAACGUGUUAUAGAAAUACACACCGAGAAUAUUUAUGCUAAGUGAAUAUCAUCUGUUUUGUUUAAAUAUAAUCUUAACAGUUUUCUCAGUUUACAAUGUAAGCAUAUGUGUGUAAAGUGAAAGGUUUGUACUGGAUACUUUCCAUACCAUCAAUAGCCUACACCUGUUAGUUUGUACUGGAUACUUUCCAUACAAUCAAUGGUCCACACCUGUUAGUUUGUACUGGAUACUUUCCAUGCAAUCAGUGGCCUACACCUGUAAGUUUGAACUGGAUACUUUCCAUACAAUCAGGGGCCUACACCUGUUAGUUUGUACUGUAUACUUUCCAUACAAUCAACGGCCUACACCUUUAAGUUUGUACUGGAUACUUUCCUUAUAAUCAAUGGUCCACACCUGUUAGUUUGUACUGGAUACUUUCCAUGCAAUCAGUGGCCUACACCUGUAAGUUUGUACUGCAUACUUUCCAUACAAUCAAUGGCCUACCCCUGUAAGUUUGUACUGGAUACUUUCCUUACAAUCAAUGGUCCUCACCUGUUAGUUUGUACUGGAUACUUUCCAUGCAAUCAGUGGCCUACACCUGUAAGUUUGUACUGCAUACUUUCCAUACAAUCAAUGGCCUACCCCUGUAAGUUUGUACUGGAUACUUUCCAUACCAUCAAUAGCCUACACCUGCUAGUUUGUACUGGAUACUUUCCAUACAGUCAAUGGCCUACACCUGUAAGUUUGUACUGGAUACUUUCCAUACAAUCAAUGGCCUAUACCUGUAAGUUUGUACUGGAUACUUUCCUUACAAUCAAUGGUCCACACCUGUUAGUUUGUACUGGAUACUUUCCAUACAAUCAACGGCCUACACCUGUAAGUUUGUACUGGAUACUUUCCAUACAAUCAAUGGCCUACACCUGUAAGUUUGUACUGGAUACUUUCCAU